AUGAUCGUAAGUCAAAUAAGUAACAAUGAGGAUUGUCCUGAACCCCUUGAAACCAAUAUGAACAAGAGCUCCAAAGUAUUAUUGUGGGCAAGAAGGACUCAACAUCAAAGUUUUGGAAUCGAGAAUCCAAUUUGGAAAUACAGAGCAUUCAGAAUAAUACUUAUAGUCUCCAGAUUCAUAGUUCUACUCACUAAAUAGAUCACUCGAAAGGAUUUGAGUCUUUUCACUAAGCAAGAAUUCAAUUUAAUUAAGGAUAAAGCAGCAGACUAUAAUUUUUACAAAUAUCAAGGAUUGCUGCCAAGAGAUAAGCCCUCGUAAAUCUUACUUAAAUUAAACAACUGGUUUUCUUGUAUACUAUAACAUCAAAGCAAAUUCUUAAGUAGUAAUGCUCGAAAAUGGCUAUUAAAACCAGACGACACAGUCAUAAUCAUAUGGAAUAUUUAUCUGAUUGUUAUUGUGACGAUCAAUGUGUUUUAUGUGUCCUUGCGCAUCUCAUUCCCAGAAAUUGUGGAUUUUCCUUUAAAAAGCAAGGAGUUCUUUUUUGAAUAAUUGCCUGUCUACUCAUUUCUCUUGGAAAUCGUCCUAAAAUUCAACACUUGCAUCUAUAACAAAGGAAUACUGAUUACUAACAGAACCAAGAUUGUCAAAUUUUAUUGCAUAUAAGGAUUUUUAAUUGAUUUGUUUUUGGUUGUUCCAUUCUUCAUAGGCCAGCAAUUUGACUUUAGAUACUUUGAUUUUGUGAUAGUUUUGAAAGUAUUCUAGUUGUCUAGUUUAUUCUCGUCUCUUUUUAAUCGUUUAGAAUUGUCAAGCAGACAAACAGCACUCUUCGAUUUAUUUAAAAUGAUAUCGUUUAUGAUUCUAGUAGCUCACUUUUCAGCCUGUAUUUGGCAUAUAAUAGGACAAUGGGGUGAAUGGGGUCAUCAUGAAGGCAAGACUUGGUUGAAGGUGGCCUAGUUGUAGAAUGAAUCUUGGUUGGAUAGAUACGUAGUCUCAUUUUAUUGGAGUAUUGUUACAAUGACAACAAUUGGAUACGGAGAUAUAACUCCUGUGAAUUUGACUGAAAGGAUCUUUGUAAUCUUCAUGACUAUGAUUUCAUCUGCAACAUUUGCAUACACUGUAAAUAAUAUUGGAGGCAUAUUCUAAGACUUCUCAAAACAAUCAGUUCAAUUAAAGAAUAACAUGAAUCAAUUGAAUAGAUACCUAAGAAGUUAGAAUGUGUCUGAUGAUCUUUAAAUUAAGUUUAGAAGAUAUUUUGAGUAUUUAUGGAGCAAACCCUCUCAAAAAGUAAUAUAAUUCGCAGAUUUGAUACCUAAAAGUUUGAAAGAUCAGAUGAUUGUGGAUGUCAAUGCUAAAAUAUUAAAUUAGUUAUCCUUUUUUAAGAAUUUCAGUUAACCUUUGUUGAAUAAACUAUGUAUGUAUCUGGAAGAGAAAUACAUUCAAUCUGACGAUUAUCUAUUCAGAAGGAAUAAUAAAUCAUCUUAAUUAUUUAUCCUCGUAACAGGAGAGAUCAAACUAGUACUAACUCUCAAUGAUUAGCCCAGAUUGUUAUAGAAAAUAAGUAAUCCGUGCUUUAUUGGGCAAUUGGAUUUCUUCUCCAAAAGAUCCUACUCUUUUGAUGCCGUAGCCUCUAAGACAACGAAAGUUCUCCAGAUCUCAAGAGAUUAAUUGCACACUGUCUUCAAGGAUCACCCUUCCGAUUAUGAGAUACUCUAAUAGAUAACAGAUGACAUAACAUAAAAUCUAAAUUUAAAGGCUAUUUAAAUUAAAUGUAAUACAUGCUAAAGCGAUUCUCAUUUUACAAACACCUGUCCAUUUUUAUUUGGCAUACCCAAUAGGAUUAAGACUUUAUACAAUUACAGAAAGUUCACUCCUGUUGAUAGAACUCCUCGAUACAUUAGACAUAAUCACACAAGGAAGAUGUAUGCAUUGAAACAUCAUUUCAUUGUUCUGGAAAGUGUGCUCAAUUAUAUGAUGAAAAAUGAAGAUCUUGUUUAGAUAGAAGAGAUAAGGGAAUUAUAAUAGCAACAUAGCAUUCAUUUUGGAAAUCAAUUCACUUUCAAUCAGAUUCCAACUAAUCUUCAGACCUAGCAGAUGAACACACAAGGAAAAUCGUCUUUAUCCUAAAGGAUUCAACUCUCAAUUGAUGAAUCAUCUCCUAGGACUUUUCGGUUUUGUUAGCCGCAGAAUAACUAAUAUCUAAAUCCAGCAGGACUGAAGAAUAAUCCAAAGUUGUCUAUAAAUUAUGGAUCUUCGGCAGAGUUGCCUGAAGAGGAAGUGCCUGUAUAUGAGAAGGUUUUGAAGAGAGGAGGAGGGAAUGAGUCCUUAUGUGUAGUGAAUGAGCAAGGAUAUUAAUAGGUAUUGUAAGUACCCUCAUUAUAAAUAAACUAAGUAAUGAGAAGAAAAUCAGUAAAAUUAAAGUUAGAUGAUAGUUCUGAAGAUGACGAAGAAGAUUAGGAUAAGAUUAUGGGAUAAUACAUAGAUAUCUUUUAGCAAUUCGAGAGAGUUUGUGAAUUCAGCAAUUAUCAUAGUCAUAACAACAUCUCAUAAGUGGUGGCUAAAGUAUGA